AUGACUGAGUCCAGUGUAUCGGGAAGCGGCCUGCUUGCCGAUCUCUCCGAGGACAUUGACUCCAUCUACAAACUGUACACCCAGCCGGGUUUGCCCCACGUCCGCAUCACGCUGAGGUUGAGCCAGUUGGACGUCACCCAGGCACAGAGCCGGCUGGCCCCCGACCUGCCCCAUCUGCUGGUGGUGCUGUUGGACGAUGAUCCCGAGGGCAUCAUGCCCCCGAUAAGACCCCAGGCCAACACCAACUCGCUGUUGAACGUGCUUGUCGACACCCCUCAGCCCCUGGAUCUCGAUUUGCCGCCGACGCUGGCCCAGCACUGGCGCGACGAAGGCGCCGCCGUCCGCGAAGUAAACGAAGGCAACCAGGUCAAAGUGAUCAAGCGCGACGUCGGCGACUUCAAGUUCAUCAAAAACAUCGGCGAAGGGCUGUAUUCGACGGUGAUGUUGGCCACAGAUAAGCAUACCAACCGCCAGUACGCCGUCAAGGUGUUGGACAAACGCCACAUCAUCAAGGAGAAGAAGGUGAAGUACCUCAACAUCGAGAAGCAUGCGCUCAACCGGUUGAGCAACCGCAUGGGGAUCAUCUCCCUCUACUUCACCUUCCAGGAUAAAAACCUGUUGUACUUUGUGCUUGACUUUGCCGCCAACGGCGAGUUGCUCUCGUUAAUCAACAAAUACGGCACCCUCAACGAGGACAGCGUCCGCCACUUUGGCGCCCAGAUCCUUAGUGCCAUCCAGUACAUGCACGACAACGGGGUGAUCCAUCGCGACAUCAAGCCGGAGAACAUUUUAUUAGACGAGAAACUCAGAAUUCAGAUCACCGAUUUCGGGACCGCCCGUCUUUUGGAGAAAAAGGACGAUGACCCUGAGAACUACCCCUUAGACGUUCGCGCCAAGCUGUUUGUCGGUACCGCCGAAUACGUGCUGCCAGAGUUGUUAGAGCUGAAGUACUGUGGUAAGCCCGGUGACAUCUGGGCCUACGGGUGCAUUCUUUAUCAGAUGAUUGCCGGUAAGCCGCCGUUUAAAGCGACCAACGAGUACUUGACCUUCCAAAAGAUUACUAAAUUACAGUAUGCAUUUACUGCUGGGUUCCCCGUGGUUCUCCGCGAUUUGAUCAAGCACAUCUUGGUGCUUUUACCGCAGAAGCGGUUCACUAUUGACCAGAUCCAACAGCACUAUUUCUUCCUGCCCACCAACUGGGACGACUUUGAUCUGAUCUGGUACGCGGACCCCCCCGAGUUGGGACCCUUCAAGAUGCUGGCUAAAGGUAUGCUUAAUGUCCCGCCUGAACUUACGAAGGCGUACUCGCUGCCGGUGGUCACCACGAGGAAAGUCUACGGCCCCAACCAGAAACGCAAGCAAACGCUGCUGCCAUCGCCCAUUGCCACUAAUAAUCUGCAGGUUCUGCUUGAACAACAAGACUCACACGGGUCGCUGGGGACGCCGGUGCCGCCCACCGCGCCUACUAAGCCAGUAAAUCCGGCCAAAGCCGCUGCAUACGUCCUCAACCGGGGCUCCGAUGAGAAACUAGACCGCCCGCUGGCGCUGAAAGUGAAGCUGGGACCGCAAUAUAUCCCUGGCACCAACAUCUUGCGCCCGCAAAUCAACCCUCGCACGUCAUUCCCUAUACGCAAACCUAAGCAGCCGCCGACCCUGGCCCUGGCUAUGUCGACGCUGGCCCAGCAACAGUCUACCGCCAGUCCUACGUUACCUCGCCCGGAAAGAGUGCCGCAAACGCCGCCGGCAUCGGCCCCCGCUCUGGCACCGCCGGUGCCAUCUCCUGCCCCGUCGGUGCCGGCCCUGGCGCCCCCCGUGCCUACCCCUGCUACCAUUCGCAAACCGCUGGCGGGUGCCGUGGCGGGCUCGGGUACACCCACAUCGCUGAUGGUGGGGCUUGGCAUCUCUACACUGCGGUCGAACUUAAUUGAAGUGACGCCGCCGCUGCUGGUUGAGGCUGCGUGGAAGAAGUACCUUGAACACCCCGAUGAGCGUAUAUUGCGCCUCGGUCCCGCCAUCGUCCAUCGUGAGCCUACAGAAGUAUUCGAACGCAAGCAUCGUGGCCAGAUCCAUAAUGCCCCCAUCAGCUUAAGCAAUAAGGUCGAUCAGGCCAACCGCAGCGUAAGCAACAAGAGCUUAUUACUGAAGGUGGUCAACGGCCUGAGUAACGGAUUGCGCGGCACCGAUGUCAUGGACACCACCACCUACCAAGGCAAUGACGGCGAAGGUGACGAAGCCCAAGCGAUCAUUGACCACUGGGAGACAGUUAAGGAAGAGGACGAGGAAGCCGACAAGAAAAAACUGUUAUUCAAGAAGUUUUUGCACUCCGCUACCCAGAACGCUGACGAAGUGCUCGGAACCGCCGUCAACCACCCGUUGGAGCGCCCGCGGACGUGUACGGUGGUGUGUACCACCCAUGGACGCGUACUUAUCUUCUCCCGUAACGACAAUGACAAUUACCGUAUGAUCAUGGAGGUCAAGCUCAACUACUCGUUCAUGAGGAUCAAGGAGGUGGUGCUGGCGCUGAAGUUCAAGCUGUUGAUCCCUACCGUGGGGACAUUUGCUCUUAUGCUGAAUGUGACGACAUUCGUGUUUGAAGUGGAGAAGUACGAAGUGGGGAUGUGGACCGAAGCCUUGGCUCAAGGUAAGCUUAAUGAGUUUGAACGCCACCGUCUCGGACUCGCGUCGGAACCGGUGCCGAGAAUCUCUGAGACGGCGGAGACACCAACGCUGCCGCGACUGCCCACACUGGACAACUUCGAGUUCCUGCCGCAGCUGCCAUCAUCGGCGACCCGUAAGAAGGGGAUGAUGCCGGUUCGCAUACGCCGGCUGAUCAAGCGCAAGCCGCCUCCCGCGAAGUCGCCGCUGCCGCCAGGAGAAAUGGGGAGUCCCAUUGACAUGAGCACCGGAUUCCAAAGCCACAGCGUCGAUGCCGAGCUUAGAGCGGCUCAGCUUGCAGCUGCUGCCGGCGAACGCAAUCGGUCGAGUAUCGAGUACCCUCAUCGCCUGAGCUUCUCCAAGGAGAACGGGUCGAACACCGUCAGUCGGCUGGGCCUGAACCUGAACAAGACCCCCGUCACUCAGAAGACGUCGAAGUUCCUCGCCCGCAGUCUGCGGAGAAACUAA